GGAUUCGUGUUCGUCAUCAUCAUUUCGCGUUUUCUGCGUACCAACUAGAACGCGAAAAACUUAAAUAAACACAAUACCAAAUAUUCAAUAGUUUUUUUCUUUCUUUUUGUUCAUUUGUUAAUUUAUGUUGGGCGCAAUUUUAGUUUCGUUUUAUUUAGGAAAAGUGAUUUAGAAAAAAUAAAAACGAUAAUAAAUAAAAGAUUUAGUGAAAUUCAACGAUGGCUGACACAGAAUUUGAAGAGUUUCGAAAGACAUUCGAACGAAUACCAAGCGCAUCAAAGACAACAGCACCAUUUUACUCAAUUGUGCCCAGUUUGGAAGACGACGACGAAUCACCCACAUCAAAGAGUGAUGCAUCUGAUGGAAAUGAUGAAAAUGAUUUGAAAUCAGUAAAUGUAACAAUACAAUCACCGAAAUUCAUAAAAAAUGCGGGUUGCAAUACAUUGGGUAGUUUAAAAUGCUUGCUUACGAAUCCCGAAGAAGACGAUGAAAUCGGCGACGGCUUACGAACGACGACGACGACGGCCACAACAACCAGCACAACAUCACCAGAAACGGCAGCCAGCUCGACAACCGAUACAAUUGAUAUGAGUCAAACGAAUCUUGGCGAUCGAAUACAUCAGCAACAACCAUUUACAACAGGGAAAGUCGAACGACGUCGUCGAAAACUUCCCGAAAUUCCCAAGAAUAAAAGAUCUUCCAUAUUAGUGAAUAGUGGUCAAUCAUCGUUGGCCGAUGAACUGAGCUCAAAUGCAAUAGGAAAUCAUCAUCAGUCAAUCAAUAGUGCAUUGUGCCAGCGAAUGCUAGCACGUAAAUGUGGUUAUCUACUUGAUGAAGAUUCAAGUCCCGAUUCAGAUCGUUUACAUAGUUUGGGAGACGUUGAUUCCGGAAAUUCAACAGCUCAUUCACCGGCAGAUUUAAAAAGUUUAUCACCGCAAUUGGCAAUGUCGCCAACAUCACAUUCACCAUUUCCACCGCCAUUUGGCGGUGUACCGUAUAGCCAAUUGGAAAUGCUCGAAGCAACUCAUCGUGGAUUACAUAAAUUUAAUCCACGUCAUCAUGAUGAAAUCGAUAUUGAAAUCGGUGAUCCGAUUUAUGUGCAAAAAGAAGCGGACGAUUUAUGGUGUGAAGGUGUCAAUUUACGUACAGGCCGACAAGGUAUAUUCCCAUCAGCGUAUGCCGUCGAUUUGGAAUACAAUGACUUCGAUCCAAAUGCACAAAAAGUGAAAAAAGAACGAUAUCUACUCGGUUAUAUGGGUUCAGUUGAAACAAUGGCACACAAAGGUACCGGAGUCGUUUGUCAAGCUGUACGGAAAAUUGUUGGCGAAUGCGGCGAAUCGCCAAGCAUUCAAGUGUGCAUUUUAGAAAUAUCCGAUCAAGGCUUACGCAUGGUUGAACGAGCAUCAACAAACAAGGAUAAGAAGAGACCAUGCAUAGAUUACUUUUAUUCGCUCAAAAAUGUAUCGUUUUGUGCAUUUCAUCCACGAGAUCAUCGCUACAUUGGAUUCAUCACAAAGCAUCCGACAAUACAACGUUUUGCGUGCCAUGUUUUCAAAGGGCAAGAAUCAACACGACCUGUAGCUGAAGCUGUCGGUCGCGCAUUUCAACGUUUCUACCAGAAGUUUAUCGAAACGGCUUAUCCUAUCGAAGAUAUUUAUAUUGAGUGAAUGGUGUGAAUGUUAAAAAUACAAAAAGGAUGUUAGCUUAACUAUAUAUCAUUUUCACUAGUUUCAAUUGUUUAAUAAACUGGAACGACACAAGUAGCAAAACAAAGCCAAAUAAGAAGCAAAAAUAUCUUACGUCAAAAUGUACUUAUUUAACUGAACUUAGUGUAUCAUUUCAUUUUAUAAAAUAUUCGAUAUUUCGCAUCGAUUAGAGGAUGUCAAAAUGGUGAUGAACGAAAAAAUAAAAUCAUUGGUUCAUCCGAACGAUCAAUAACAUAUAAUAUUUUGGUGAACUUCAAAUAAGAGAAUAUAUCGAGCUAAUUUAAAAAAAAAAAUCUCUAGUUAUUCAUCUUGACUUAACUAAAUAUACAGCAACAUGUUAUCACCAAUUCUCAUCAUGUCACUUCUCAUGAAAUCAUCGUAUUCUUUUCGCUCAAUUCAUAGUUAUUGUCAACAAAUAUUUUUCGGUUAUUAGUGACUUGACGAACAAACGUCGUUUUCUAUCACACUCUUUUUCGGCUGUGGAUUUUGCGCGUGAGUAAAUUCUAUAACUUUUUUUUUGUAAAUUGUCUCAUGAUGAAAGAGCAGCGCAGAGAACAUUUUCUUUUAUUAUUAAUUUCGCAAAAUUCAUGACAGAAAAAAAGUGAACGCUAUUUAUGAACUUAUCGAUAGUUGUAACAUUCAUCAACCAUACAAUUCAAAGUGGUUGAAAAUCAACAAAAAAUUUAUAUCUCAAAAUGUGGAAUAUAUUUUUUUAUAAGCAUAUUUUGAAUGAAUCCACAUCAUCAACACUAAUUUCAUUGCAUUCAAUUUGCAAGAGAGAAACAAAUAUCUAUGAGAGUCCUAUUUUUUUGAAGUAAUCAAAAUUGUUGAGUUGAAUUUAUUAAGGAGCUAAAAUUAAUAGUCAAUUCAAUCGCGUGAAAAUGCAAACAAAAUUCAUGGGAAUUUGAAAAAAAAAAUGAAUCAAAAUAAGUGCUAUAUCGACUCCAUUAUAAUUGGAUGCUUUAAAAAAAACCAGUUUACUCUAUUGUUCAAAUUUUAAUAUUUAAACUUAAAAAAAAUACUCUUCAGACAGUAUCGAAAUGCAUCCGAACUCUUUUUUUACUUUUUGUUUUUACAAACAUUAAAUAAAUUUCAAAAUAAACUCCAACAAACUCGAAAUAAAGGUGUUAUAAUUAGACAAUUUAAUAUUUAAUUCAAUAUAUUCUGUCUUUCAACUCAUCACUUGUUUUGUUCGGUCCAUUUCUUUUCCUAUAUCCACUUGAAUUGUGUACAUAUUCCACUUCAAACAAAUUGUAAAACACGUAUACAACAAAUUAAAAAAAAAAAAAACAAUACAAACUAACAUAUGCAUAUUAAAUACAAUAAUAACAUCUAAAUAUAUACAGUAGCACAUCGUGUUGGGUCAACUUGGUUAUAAUAUAGAAUUGUUAUUUGAAGAUGGUAUUUAAAAAAACUGAUUUUGUACUAAAUGCUCUUUAAUCUGAUUUUCAACGCGAGCUAGCUCCAAUUACAUAGACAGACAAUUGUGCCAGAGUACAAAACAAAUAACACGGAAAUGGUUAACAGGAAACAUCGCAACGAGCGAUCAAUAACACAUUCCACAUUUAAAGGAUGAGGUUGUUGUUGUUGUUUCAUUCAUUGGCUAGUUUGCUGUAAAAAAAUACAAUAUUUGGCAACUACCAAUAAAUGUUACCAUUUUGUUUCGUUAGUAUCGAAAAAAGGAGAAAAACAAGCAACAGAUUGAUUAAGAUAAUUAACUAUAAAAGUCAAUCAUCAAGAAAUCUUUAUUUAAAACCAAUUAGAACCACAAGAAGCAAAAACAAAUAAUAUUCACGUUUAAAGAGCAGAAAAAAAUUUAUCAAAUACGUUUAAUCCAUUAAGAAUAUUUACCAUUUUAUGGUCUCAUAAAAAAUACAUACAUUGACACAAACAAUGAAUUGCAAUAAAGAAAAAGAUGGCAAUCUCACUGAAUAUAA